AUGCAAACCAAUCAAUUGUCUUCAGAACUCUUCUCUGGAAAAGAAUUAAAAGAUAUUGAACGUUUUCGUUCGUCUAGUGAAAGUGAUCAACAAUGGAUGUAUCGUAAAUUAUUCAUUGAAACUUAUUGGAAUGAAUAUAAUGAAGAACGUUUAUUAUGUUUAGCUCAAUGUUAUGCGAAUACGAAAUGUUUAGGAUGUAAAUACUCUGAACCGUUGAAAACAUUAUUAGAACAGUUGGAGAAAAAAUUAAUUUUAACAAAUAAUGAUCCGUCCACGUCUAGUAUAAGUGUUAAUACUGAUACAACACUGUUAAACACAAACGGUGGUCAUAAGCGAACAAAACCAAGCGAUGAAGAAGACGAACAUAAUGCUAAAAAAACGAGAAGAGAAGAUGAAAUGAUAGCAGUGCCUGGUCAGCUAACAGUACCAUUAACGAAACAAGUUACUCCAAUAGAACAAAAAUCAUCGUCAUUUAAACCGUUCUCAUCCACCAGUAACUUUGUAUCAUUUUGUUCCACACCUCAACCUCCGGCAUUGAUGCAAUUAUCCUUUAUUGAUCAUCCCUCCACAUUACAAUCUAAACCAGGAACGGAUAAUAAUGUCUUAUCAAUGACAUCAGUACCGAAAUCGACGUUAUUAUAUGAUACGAGUGAAAUGAAAUCGAGAAAAUUAAAUAUCAUAACAGAGGAACUCAAAAAUGAUCAACAUCAGGGUACAGAUGAAAAUGAUGUAACAAUCGAUCAUUUUUACAAAAUCUGUAACAAACAUCGUAUUUAUAUUGACUAUCGUCCAGACGACUCAUCUCAUUCAUAUAACAAUUCUGCCUCACGUACAUUUUUUACCCAAACAUUUCAUGGUAAACUAUAUAUCGAUGAUGUUUUUAUUUGUGCUGGUCAAGGCCCAAACAAAAAAUCAUGUAAACAGAAAUGUUUUCUUAAAGCUUAUGAAUAUCUUGUAAAACAUGAAUAUGGAGUCAAAUCAUUAUUUGAAUCAACAACAACAGCAACAACAAUAACAACAGCAGCAACCACACAACUAACAGAUAAGCGACAAUAUGAAUUAGUUUUAAAGGAUGUCGAUGAGACAUUUUCGAUUCCAACUACACAUCCAAUGUCAAAUUCAAAUAUGGUAAAUUUUGUCGAGGCAAGAGACAAAUCAACAAUAGCUGAGCGAACAGCUCGUCAACAAUUUAAAUUAGAACAAAAUCAAUAUUAUCGAAAAAGUCACCAUCAACAACCAUCCGUCUUUUAUGAUUAUGAUGAUCCCGAACAACAAUUACCACCACCUGUUCCACCGCCACCACCAAGAAAACCGUCCAGAUGGAAUCAACUUCGAUCAAUGUCACCACCACCGCCUGUUCCACACCAACAAGCCGAAUAUGCAGGAAAUGAACUUAUUUAUCCGUUUCCAAAAUUGAAGAAAUUGAAACAAACGACUGAUAAAAAUAUCCAUUCCGGUGUCGUUCCAGCUGUCAAUGAUACUGGAAAAGCUGACGACUACAUAAAGUUGGACGAUAGUCAACAAGAGUUAGUUAUAAAAGAAUCGGAUGAAGAAAUGGAACAGCCUGUAUCAUUAUCACCUGUCGAUUCGGCAUCCAUCUUACAACAGCGUGCAAAAUUGUGUAAAUUACAACCAUUUGUCUUCAGUUUGUUAAAUUCAUUAGCUGAUCCUUCACAUGCAAUUGAUCUAAUUUCAACUGAAAUUAACAAAUAUCACUUACAAGCUGAGUUCGAGUGUGCUGAUCAUGCAUCAUCAGCUCAAGGUUUUCAUGGUCAUCUGAUUAUCGAACAAAUUUGCAUUUCGGAAGGAUAUGGUACCAGUAAAAAAUUGGCCAAAAAAGAAACUUAUGCAAAUGCUCUGAAAUCAAUUUCACAAGCAAAAUCAUUUUCAUUAGAGUUAAAAAACAAUGUACAAUGGAUGUUAGCUUGUCAUCAAGAUAUUGACGAAGGAUUACUCAAAUGUCCUCCGCCACCUCCGAUUCGUCGUCGAUUUGAUCGUCCACCGUUACCCGUUCCAGUAACAUUAUCAGCAACAUCCGCUAUUCGAUAUUUUCAUGAACGUCUUCAACAACAAACUAUUAUUCCCGAUCCACCUACAGAAGACAUAACCACUCCUGAUUUAUCAAAAUGUGUGACAACACCAGAUGAUGAAAUAUUAUUAAAUAUUCAACGACUUAUACCAAAUACAUUUGUCGUAUUUGAACCAUUAGAUUUCCGUCCAGAUUUACCUGGUUCCUAUGUUUCGGUACUAUUUACAUCAAUGUCAAAAAAUCGUUUGGAAUUGAAACAUGAAUUUUUACUUAUACCAAAAGGAUUUUUAUGUACACUUUAUAUUAAUGAUCAAUUUUUUAUGUCACUUGUUGCAAAUACAAAAACUGGCUCAAAACAAUUAGCAGCAAUGAAAGUAUGCGAAUUAUUAAAAUCAUUGUAUCCAAGUAUUAAAAUGAAAUCGAUUGAACAAGCAUCUAUUACACAAGAAAGUGCUGAAGGACCACUUAUUCUACCACCAUCUUUAACAUCCGUUAAUGUUAAACGCGUUACACGUGUACAUUUAUUUGAACAUUACGAUGGAUCGUUUUGGAGUAGUAAUACUACGUGUGCAAAAGAAGAUGUUGCCACAAAAUUGAUGAAAAAAAUGGGCUGGGAUGGUGGAGGUAUUGGAAAACAAGGUCAAGGUAUAGCUGAACCAAUUCAAGUGGAAGAUUUACACGGUCGAAAAGGUUUAGGUUCAAAUCGUUUAUUUCCAAAUAAUAAUUUUAUUCGUAAUUUACGUCGUAUAUUAGAAGAAUUUAUUCAACUAAAUAAUGACGAUCAAGAAUUAUUAUUUAUUAACGAAUUUAAUAACGAAGAACGGAAAACAAUUCAUAAAGAAUCGAUGAAAUUGAACCUUCAAUCAACAUCUUAUGGUCAAAAAGAACAACGAUAUAUUAGAGUACAACAUAAACGAACAACCGAUCAAUUGAUAGAUCAUUUAUUAACACAUAAUGGCAAUACAAAACGUUAUGAGUUAAAAACUGCAGAGCCUAUAAAACCAAAAGACACUACUGAUAAUGAUAUAGUAUCAAAGAAAAAAGUAAAAACAAAAUCUAAAAAGAAACAUUCACAUCAUCAUCAUGAUCGAAGUAAAAAAUCAUCAACCGAUCGUGAUAAAAAGAAAGAUAAAAAAUCAAAAAAAUCGAAAGAAUAA